AUGUUUAUGAAAGGACUUACCUAUUUGAAGCCAGGGAUUGUAUCUUGGCAAUCUAUUCCAAAGCCGGUUUUGAAAAAACCUACCGAUGUUAUUGGUAAAGUUGUAACAACUACCAUUUGCGGUUCUGACCUCCACAUCCUCAAGGGGGAUGUCCCUGAGACAACAGCCUUAGCUGCAACAACUGGCCAUGGUGUUGUUUUAGGUCAUGAAGCAAUAAUUGAAAUUGAGUCUGUGGGGGAUGCAGUGAAGAACUUCAGCAAGGGUGACGUAUGUAUUGUUUCUUGCAUUACAUCUUGUGGUAAAUGUUAUUAUUGCAAGAGAAACUUGCAAUCCCAUUGUACAGGUCAUAUGGAGGGUACAUCGGGUUGGGUCUUUGGUCAUGAAAUUGAUGGCACUCAAGCGGAAUAUGUCAGGGUCCCUUGCGCAGACUACGGUCUAUACAAGGUUCCAGAAGGCGUCGCUUAUGAGAAGUUAUUGAUGUUAUCCGAUGCAAUUCCAACGUCAUAUGAAAUUGGUAUUUUGAAUGGUGAAGUUAAAGAGGGCGACUCAGUUGCAGUUGUUGGUCUGGGUCCUGUUGGUUUAUCUGCCUUGUUGACUGCUAUCAAUAAAAAGCCAAAACAACUCAUUGCCAUUGAUAUGGAUGAAAAUAGAUUGGACUUGGCAAAACAAUUGGGUGCUACCCAUAUCAUCAACUCUACAAAUAUGCCAAAUGAGGAAGUUGCCAAGAAAGUUCAGGAAAUCUCAAAGGAUUUAGAACCUGGAAGAGAAUCUGGUGUCGAUGUUGCCAUUGAAUGUGUUGGUGUCCCACCAACGUUUGAAUUGUGUGAAGACUUGAUUGCUUCAGGUGGUACAAUUGCCAAUGUCGGGGUUCAUGGUGCAAAGGUUGACUUGAAAUUACAAGAACUUUGGAUUAAAAACUGUAAAAUUACUACUGGUCUAGUCUCUACUUACAGUAUUCCAGAUUUGCUGAAUCAAGUUGCUGAUGGCUCAUUGGAUCCAUCUCCAAUUAUCACUCACCACUUCAAGUUUGACGAAUUUGAAAAAGCUUAUCAAGUAUUUAAAGAUGCUAAAAAUACAAAGGCCAUGAAAAUAAUUCUCACUCCCUGA